AUGGCGAUUAAAGACAAUAAAACAUUUGCUGCUGAUAGAAGAGCCGAUCCGCUUGGGUCCGGUUCUGCCCGGGCGCCGACCGUCUCCAUCCAGUCAUGGCUGGGUGACGUAGAGGCCGGCUUCACUGCAUUGCAGAAGAAGAUCGACGACGGCUUCCUCGCCGUGAAAAACGCACAGGAGGGGCUGGACCGCAAACUGGACAACUUGCUGAGCCUGGUGAAGGAUCUCGAUCGUACUGAAUGGCGCGAAUCAUCGCAAACCCUCACGAAAAUUAUCUCAAAUGUUACGUGGAAUCAUCGAUGGCGAAAAGAAUAUCUACCUCAAUCCCAACGAGACGCAACAGCGAAAAAGAGGAAUUCGCCUUACAUAAAGUCGAUGCGCUCGUCGGCUUUAGUCUCAUCCGGUGAACGCAAACCACGUGAAAUCGACAUUCGUACAAAUGUUUACGAGAACGAAGAUUUCAUCUAUCAACGAAAUGUGAAAUCAUCACGAACAUUCUUAUCCGAAGUAUAUGAAUCCGAGUACAAAAUCACUGAUACUGACAUCAAACAGCUGUUGACAAGUUCAACACAAAAGAAGAAGAACAAGAAAAAAAAGAAGAAAGGCACUGGCAAUCCCGGAACGGGUGAAAACAACAUUGAAACAAUGGACGCAGUCGAAGAUGAUGGCGAUGAAGAUUUCGAAGAUGAACCUGAACAACCGGUGAAGAAAACUACAAGCCAGAAAGUCAAAUCAACGAAAAGCAAAUCUUAA